GUGUCACCCUCAUUUCCGAAUGCAGCCCCAUAACAGUAUAGUGAUUUUAUAGCACCCUUCUUCAGUCUGACAGGAGUAAACCAUGUCUUUAUCCUGUAUUUAAUGUAUUGCUAAUAUCAAACAAAAUAAAAGUGUAUCUGUUUAUAAAUUACUAUUGAUCUGUCAUUGUUAGGGAUUAACAGCACAGAACAGGUUACAUAACUGUUAUAAUAUAUAUAAGUGGGCAUGGAAAGAGGUUAAGAACAGUGAAAAAUCCUACACUGUUUAUUGCACUUUUAAUUAAACCACAACUUUUGAUUGGUCUGCCUUAAUAACCAUUUUGCCUUAUUAUAGACUGUCUAGUUGCACACCUGUGCAGAAAUCAGCCCUUUUAUGAGAUUUUAUAAUGUUUUACUUAAGGUAAGCAUCACCCUUUUUAACAUGACACCAGCCUGGAAUAACCUACUGCUCGUCUCCAUUGUGCUGUUAAGAGCAUUAAGAUUUCAGCAUGGCAAAGUUCUAUUUCCUUUUCUUCCAUGAAUGAUUUAACUAGCUUUCUAAUUAUUUACUACUUGCAACAAUUUGUUACAUCAGCCCCUCCAUCCAAAAUCCGACAGCUGAAACAUUAAAUAUAGAGGCUCGUGCAGGAGCCGGAAGGCGUAAAGAUAAAGGACUACCUCACUGCAGUUUCGCCUUAGCGUUUCAAUUGGCUUUUAGUACGAGACCACCGCACUACAGAACACACCCCGGUUCGGCGAUGUCUGCCCACGACUACUUUAUACACUCGUUUGGAUCUGUCAAACUGUAAGGAUGGUGAAAAAAUCUGCCAACGGUGAAGUUUAUCACCCUCCGGCAGGGGAGAAGAAACUGAAAGUCGGCUUUGUGGGACUGGACCCCGGGGCUGCGGAGACGAGCCGAGACGGGGCACUUCUUAUCGCCGGUUCCGAGAGCACAAAACGGGGCAGCAUCCUGUGCAGACCGAGGUCCAGCAUCUCCAGAGGGAGCAUCGCUCACAAAAGAAACGCGCGUUAUCGCAGACUGCAAAAUUUCCUUUACAAUGCGCUGGAAAGACCCCGCGGCUGGGCGUUCGUUUACCACGCUUAUGUGUUUCUGCUGGUGUUUUCCUGUCUGGUUCUGUCAGUGUUUGCAACGAUCAAAGAAUACAAGAAAAGCUCUGAGAGUGCCUUGUACAUCCUGGUUUGUAUUAUGUUCGUGGUGUUUUGUGUGUAGUGUUUUUUGGUGUUUUGGGCAGCUGGCUGCUGCUGUCGCUACAGAGGAUGGAGAGGAAGGCUGAGAUUUGCACGCAAACCCUUCUGUAUCAUCGAUAUCAUGGUCCUUUUUGCCUCGGUGUCUGUGCUGGCCGCUGGCUCACAGGGAAAUGUUUUUGCCACCUCUGCCAUUCGGAGUUUGAGGUUUCUUCAGAUCCUUCGAAUGCUGCGUAUGGACCGCCGCGGUGGCACAUGGAAGCUCCUGGGAUCUGUGGUUUACGCACACAGCAAGGAACUCAUUACGGCGUGGUAUAUUGGAUUCCUUUGUCUUAUCCUGGCAUCUUUCUUGGUGUACUCAGUGGAGAAGGAUGACAAUGCAGAGAUGUUCGAGACCUACGCUGACGCCCUCUGGUGGGGGCUGAUCACUCUUACAACUAUCGGUUAUGGGGACAAGUAUCCUGUCACAUGGAAUGGGCGUCUAAUUGCUGCUAUGUUCAGUUUGAUCGGUGUAGCUUUUUUCGCUCUUCCUGCGGGUAUCCUGGGCUCAGGCUUUGCUCUAAAGGUUCAAGAGCAGCACAGACAGAAGCAUUUUGAGAAGCGUCGUAACCCUGCUGCAGCUCUUAUCCAGGCAGCUUGGAGAUUUUAUGCCACAAAUCUUUCCCGGACAGACCUGCUGUUCACAUGGGACUUUUAUGAGCAGACUGUGUCGGUCCCAAUGUACAGGUAG